AUGAGGACUCUCGGUCCUAUUCUCUGGGACUUCGAGCGCCGCUCCAUGACGUUCUGGCGCGACGGCCAGCGCGUCCAGUGGCUGGGCUCGUCCCCGACACUACUGCCGCGCGUGACCGCGCUGUCCCCCGUCGACCUCCUGGCGCUCCUCAUCGCCGAGUUCGCCGACGUCUUCGAGGAACCUAUGCAGCUUCCACCGCAGCGCCGCCUGGACCACCGGAUUCACCUCCUGCCGGGAACGGCUCCGGUGGCCGUGCGUCCAUACCGCUACCCCCAGCUCCUCAAGGACGAGAUCGAGCGUCAAUGCGCUGAGAUGCUCAAGCAGGGCAUCAUCCGCCCGAGCACCUCCGCAUUCUCCUUGCCGGUACUCCUCGUCCGCAAGAGGGGCGGCUCUUGGCGCUUCUGCAUCGACUACAGGGCGUUGAAUGCGAGCACCGUCCGCGACAUGUUCCCGAUCCCCAUCGUCGACGAGCUGCUGGACGAGCUCAAGGGGGCGAUGUUCUUCACCAAGCUCGAUCUGCGUAGCGGCUAUCAUCAAGUCCACAUGCACGUCGACGACAUCCACAAGACGGCGUUCCGCACUCACCAUGGCCACUUCGAAUUCCUGGUGAUGGCGUUCGGGCACACGAACGCUCCGUCGACAUUCCAGGCGUUGAUGAACGAGGUUCUGAGUCCGUUCCUUCGUCAAUUUGUGCUUGUGUUUUUUGAUGAUAUUUUGAUCUACAGUCGCACAUGGGCUGAGCACUUGAGCCACAUCCCCCAGGUCCUCGCUGUACUGCGCGAGCACUCCCUCUUCCUCAAGAAAUCCAAGUGCUGCUUUGCAGAACGCAGCGUGGCAUAUCUCGGCCACAUCAUAUCCUCCACGGGUGUCGCCAUGGACCCCUCCAAGAUCGAAGCUGUCCAGGCCUGGCCUCAGCCACGCUCGAUCAAGGCGCUGCGCGGCUUCCUCGGCCUCACCGGCUACUACCGGCGCUUCAUCAAGAACUACGGCACCAUCGCUGCUCCAUUGAUGGCCUUGCUCAAGCGCGAGACCUUUUUGUGGUCGCCGGCCGCUACUGAGGCGUUCCUGGCGCUCAAGACGGCCCUCACCUCUGGGCCAACCCUGGAGCUGCCGGACUUCUCCGCCCCGUUCAUCGUUGACUGCGAUGCAUCCGACACAGGUGUCGGUGCAGUUCUUCACCAAGGCGCCGGCCCGAUCGCCUUCUUCAGCCGCGCCAUGGCGCCCCACCACGCCAAGUUGGCCGCCUACGAGCGCGAGCUGAUCGGCCUCGUCAAGGCGGUCAAGCAUUGGCGCCCCUACCUUUGGGUGCGCCCGUUCACCGUCCGCACGGACCACUUCGCGCUGAAGUAUCUGCUGGAUCAACAGCUAUCGACCAUCCCGCAGCACACUUGGGUCAGCAAGCUCUUCGGCUAUGACUUUGCGGUGGAGUUCAAGCCGGGGCGCCAGAACGCUGCCGCCGACGCACUCUCGCAUUGUGACGAGUCGGUGGUGUUCCCGGCCGCCUGCGCCAUCUCCCGGCCGGAUAUCGAGCUCUUCGAGGACUUCAGACAGGGACAUGAGGGUGUUCAGAAGACCCUGCACCGGCUGCGCGCCUCGUUCUACAACCCCGGCGCCAAUCGUCUGGUGCGCGACUACAUCCACGGCUGCGCCACCUGCCAGCGCAACAAGACCGAACAUCUACAUCCCGCCGGUCUCCUCCAGCCUCUUCCGGUGCCCACAGCGGUAUGGCAAGAUAUCGCACUCGACUUCGUGGAAGGAUUCCCUCGCGUCGGUGGCAAGUCGGCCGUCCUCACCGUCGUCGACAGGUUCUCCAAAUAUGCGCACUUCAUCGCCCUCGGCCACCCCUACUCGGCGACCUCGGUGGCGCGUGCCUUCUUCGACCAGAUCGUGCGCCUACACGGCAUCCCAUGUUCCAUCGUCAGCAAUCGGGACCCUAUCUUCACCAGUGCAUUCUGGACGGAGCUGUUCAACCUCUCUGGCGUCGAGCUUCACCUCAGCUCUGCAUUCCACCCGCAGACUGAUGGGCAGUCCGAGGUGACCAACCGCAUCUUGGGCGUGUACCUUCGCUGUUUGGCGGGCGAUCGGCCGCGUUCUUGGCUUUGCUGGCUUCCCUGGACGGAAUUCUGCUACAACUCUUCGUACCAGACAGCGCUGAGGGCGACACCGUUUGAGGUCGUCUAUGGUCGCCCCCUGCCGACCAUGGCCUCGUAUCAGCCAGGAGUGGCCCGCGUCACUGCCUUGGACAAGCAGCUCAAGGAGCGGGACGUGUUCCUGCAGGAGAUCCGGGAUCGUCUCCUCGCCGCCCAAGCCACCAUGAAGCAAUACUAUGACAAAGGGCAUCGUGACGUUGCCUUGCAGGUUGGUGAUUGGGCCUGGUUGCGUCUUCAUCACCGUUCUGCAGCCGGCAUCACCGACAAGUCUUCUGGCAAGCUGGCCCCGAAAUACUACGGGCCAUACUUGGUGCUUGAGCGCAUAGGCGAUGUUGCUUACCGCCUGCAGCUCCCUCCCCGGUCCAAGAUCCACAACGUUUUCCAUGUGGUCUUUCUCAAGAAGCAUCAAGGUGAUCCUCCUCCAGCAAUCGUGCCCUUGCCGCCGGUGAUUCAUGGACGUGUCGUGCCUACACCAGCAUCGGUCAAGCGAGCUUGCCUUAACCGUGGCGUUUGGAAGCUCUGUGUUCGCUGGGUCGGUCGAGACGCGUCGGAUUCUACUUGGGAGAAGCUUGAAGAAUUCAGGGAGACGUACCCAGAAUUUCAGCUCGAGGACGAGCUGUUUCGCGAGGAGGGAGGAAAUGUUGUGGACGCCUUUGUAGGCAUCCAGUACCGGCGCUGGAACAAGGGCAGUUCGGCUGGCCCUUCAUCUAGUGGCUAG